UGAUCUAGUUUUUCUCUGAAUAUCAGUGAGACUAAAGUCAAUCCAGGAUGAGAGCUGCCAUCAUCAUCUUCACAAUCAUCACGCUCUGUCUGAUCUCAGGUCAGGUACUCUGUUUCAAAGUGACCGGCUGCACUGGAGGGAGUGUAAUGUUUAACUGCAAAUACAAGUCUAAAGAUGAGCAUAAAACAAACCACCAGAACCAGAGAAAGUCUAAAGAUGAGCAUAAAGGAAAGUAUUUCUGCAGAGACAGAGACUGUAGGACGGGCAUCAGUACUGAGACUCAGCGCAGCUGGUUUAAUGAUGGGAGAUUUUCUCUGUAUGACGAUGAAAACAGCAGAUUCUUCACAGUGUUUAUCAGGAACCUCAGCAGAGAGGAUGAUGGGGAUUAUAUAUGUGGAAACAAUCAGACACGGAGACAUGAUGUUACAUUAGUGGUGAACAGAACCUCUUCUUCUUGUGGGACGUCAGUUCUCCAGACUGCAUAUAAAGGACAAACAAUCACUUUCCACUGUGAAUAUGAUCAUACGUUUCAAACACAAACCAAACUCUUGUACAGCGUGAACAGAGAUCCUGUGCUUGUGCUGAACAGCUCACAGUCCUCACAAUCAUCUGAGGAGAAGUUCAUCCUGUCUGACAGUCACAAAGAUCAUUUUAAUGUGACCAUCAGAGACAUUUCUGCAGCAGAUGAUGGAGUUUAUCUGUGUGGAGUGGAGAUAUAUGGAUCUUCAAAAGAGAUGACUUACAUAGCCUUCAUUAAAGAGAUUCAUCUGAAGGUUUCUGGCUUUCCUGUGACAGCUGUGGGUUUGGUCCUGCUGGCUGUGUGCUUGGUGCUCAUGUUGCUCAAAGUUAAAUACAGAAGGAAACAUGAUGUCAUCUCAUCAGACAGAAGAGAGACAGGAGAUCAUGAAACGGAUCAAGAAGAGAUUCAAGUCUCAGAUCCUGCAUCAACUCCUCUCUAUUCCACAGUUCAGUUACCCACAAUCCCCUCUGACUCACAGAAUCCAGUUUACUCCACAGUUCAGUUACCCACAAUGCCCUCUGAUGAGCUCCUGUACACUGCUGUCAGUUUCCAGAAGAAUGAAGAGUCUCUCAGUGAAGCUACAGUCAGAUUCAGUAAAGAAGAGAUUCACUCUGAUUACGCAUCUGUCAAUCACAGCAUCACACCAAAUUAACAUUUCCAGUGUAUUUUGUUUUUAUACUCAAUUUGAAUUGUGUCAGUCUCUGAGAAUAGACUAAAUGACACACUUAGUUGUGUGAGCAGUUUGUGACACCUACAGGUCAGUGUUGAGAAAGAAGCUGAAAUGUUUCUCUGAGGCCAAAAACAAGAUUAACUUCUGUGAAACGUUGAACUGAAGACAGAACACCUUCAGUCUUUGUAAGCAUCAGU